AUGAGAAUAUUGUCAUAUGGUGUCGCAGUAGAUCCAAUUGAUGAUUAUAUACAUAUCGGGGUAAGCACUGCAAUUCAAAGUUUGCAACAAUUUUGUAAUUCAGCGAUUGAAAUCUUUGGACCAGAAUAUCUGAGAUCUCCAACACCAACUGAUAUUGUUAGAUUACUUGCUAUUGGGGAGGUUCGGGGGUUUCCGGGAGCAAAGAAACAACAUUUUGCAAUGAUGCAAGAGUCUGCCAGGAAAGAUGUAGAGCGGGCAUUCGGAGUGCUUCAAUCUCGAUUCGCAAUUAUAGGUGGUGCUGUACGUUUUUGGGAUUCGAAAAUGCUUGCCAACAUAAUGAAGAGUUGCAUUAUAUUACAUAAUAUGAUUGUCGAAGAUGAGAGGGAGGAGCACCUUGAUUUUGAUUAUGAACUUUCAUUAACCAACGCACCAGUGCAACUUUCCUGUACUCCUACCAAUGACUUCCAAUCAUUUUUGUCUCGUCAUUUAGGUAUUAGAGAUAAGGAUGCAUAUCAUGCCCUCCGCAAUGAUUUAAUAGAAUAUAUGUGGCAUCUUCAUGGUGAAAACUAA